AUGAACGAUUUGGUAAAGUUUGAAUCUUUCAUUCGGGUGCCGGAGAUCUUCUUCGACAUGAUCGGCAUCACGCGGUACGGUGAACCUCGGGAUACGUGGAAGGCUCGUCUCAAGCAGGCGUUCUUCUGGAGCUCGUACGCUAAUACGAUUUUUUGCCUCAUCAUCGAACAUAUCUAUUUCAUAAAAGCAGCUGGGAAUUUCACCAACUUCCUGGAACUGACAGCCCUGGCUCCGUGUAUUGGAUUUACGGCGCUCUCAAUCGUCAAGAUCAUGACCAUCAAGGCGAACGAAGCAAAACUAAACGGCAUACUGGAUCGGCUGAAUGAGCUCUUUCCAAGGAGCCAUGUCGACCAGGAACGCUACCGGACCUAUCAGUACAACCUCGAAUCGCAAGUGGUGAUGAAAUCGUUCUCCAUAUUGUACAUGAUCUUGAUUUGGAUCUUCAAUCUACUGCCAUUGGUUUCGAUGCUGGUGAACUACCUGGCCAAUGGAGUGCUGGAAAAGGAACUGCCGUACUUUAUGUGGUACUGGUACGAUUGGCACCGGGAAGGCUACUACGAGAUAACGUUCUUUCACCAGAACUGGGGAGCAUUCGACUCGGCAGUGUACAACCUCAGCACGGAUCUGUUGUUCUGUGCGAUCAUCUUGCUGAUUUGCUUGCAGUUUGACAUACUGGCCUACCGACUGAGGAAUGCCGAAGGCGAUUAUGGGGAGCUGGAACUGUGCGUGAAAUUGCACCAAGCAGUAAUUGAGCUGUGCAAUCAGUUGGAGGGAAUUUUCUCACCUUCGAUUUUGGUAAAUUUUGUCGGAAGUUCGGUCAUCAUUUGCCUGGUUGGUUUCCAGGCGACAUCCGAUAUCAGUUCGUUCGAUUUGUUCAAAUUUAUACUGUUUCUGAUUUCGUCGCUGGUUCAAGUGUUUCUGCUGUGCUAUUACGGGAACAAACUGAUUGAAGCGAGUUCUCAAAUCGCCUAUUGCGCUUUCGAAGGAAACUGGAACACGGCAGAUGUACGGUACCAGAAAUCGCUUCUGUUUGUCAUGACUCGCGCCGGGAAGUGGCAAAAACUGACGGCCAUGAAGUUCUCCGUCGUUUCGUUGGCGAGUUAUUCGGCGAUCCUGAGUACAUCGUUUUCAUAUUUUACGCUGUUGAAAACUAUUUACGAUCCCAGUCAGAAGUGA